ACUACUUUCAGAUGGCACCAGUGGCAGUGAUGGCAGUUAUGGCAGAUGGCAGCGGCUGACAAACAAAACAACCUAUCUGAAAACAUCGUAAAAAUAGCCAAAAAUGUUUCAACCACAGCAUUCAUUUCCACUAGAACGUUCAGGGGAUAAUUAUUCAUCAAAUAAUUAUGCCAUGGAGGCAUCCUAUUGUCUGUGUGGUCAGCCGUAUGAUUCAAAUAUUUUUAUGAUACAGUGCGACGCCUGCAAAGAUUGGUUUCAUAGCACGUGCUGCAAUUUUCAUGAAUACACUGCUGUUGAGAUUGACAAAUAUCAUUGCCCAAGAUGUGUUCCAACUUUUGGCCCGUCCAUUAACAAACCCAUUUGUAAUUGGCACCGUCAUGAUUUCUGGGACGACAAUGCAAUUAGCAAGCCUGUCCAAACUGGCACUCCAGUUUUCAUCAGAGAAUUAUGUGCUAGGCAUUUUGCUUCAGAAGGAGAUGUGGUGUUACAUAUGAGAGGGCAACAACUCACUGAGAAUUUAUUGAAAACUAAUGGUUUCAAUGUCCCAAUAGCUAUAGACAGUAAAGAUGGAUUAGACUUAACCUUGCCUCCUGAUAAUUUCAGUGUUUAUGAUGUGGAAUCCUGUGUUGGUGGUGACAAAGAAAUUGAUGUCAUUGAUGUAUGCAGACAAAGUAACUGCAAAAUGAGACUUAGAGACUUUGUUGGAUAUUUCAAUAGUUUAAAUCGCACCAGAGUAUUCAAUGUGGUCAGUUUGGAAUUUUCAGGGACUGGUUUGGCACCAUUAGUUGAAGCUCCUUAUGUAGCUAGGAAUCUGGACUGGGUAAAUUAUGUUUGGCCACCUGAUUACCCUGGUAGGCCUCAAGUCCAAAAAUACUGUUUGAUGAGUGUCAAGGAUUCCUAUACAGAUUUCCAUGUAGAUUUUGGUGGUACCAGUGUAUGGUAUCAUGUUUUAAGAGGUGAAAAGAUUUUUUAUUUCAUCAAACCAACUCCUGCCAAUUUAACACUUUACUCCCAAUGGAUGACUUCAACUAAUCAGAGUGAGACAUUCUUUGGAGAUCAGGUAGAUCAGUGCAUCAAAUGUGUCAUAAGACAAGGUCAAACCAUGCUCAUACCUACAGGUUGGAUUCAUGCUGUGUAUACCCCUGUUGAUUCUCUAGUAUUUGGAGGAAAUUUCUUACACAGCCUCAAUAUUGGUAUGCAGUUAAGUGUAUAUGAAAUCGAGAAGAAAUCUAAAACUGUUGAGAAAUUUCUGUACCCGAAUUUCGAGAUGAUAAACUGGUUUGCGGGAAAUUAUCUUCUGAGGCAACUUAUUGAAAUGAAUCUACAAGAGAGCAGAUGUCCUGACAUAUUUUUGACUGGAAUGAAAGCUCUACUUCAAGCUUUGAAACACUGGAAUACUGAAAAAGAUUACAAUGUGUUGGUUAGAGAACAAAUUCCUUUCACGAUAAAUGUAGCGAAACUUCUGAAAGAUAUUGGAAGAGAAAUUCGACAUGCAGAGAGGUACAUAAACCAACUCAAUCCACCAAAGCCUGAACGUGAAUCAAAGAGGAAAAGAAAAAAACCAAUUAAUAAAGAUUUCGUGGAUUACUCUUUGUUAUCAAAAGGUGCAAACCCCGAUUUCAUGCCGAUACACGAUGUUUCACCUGUCUCCAAAUAUCCAAGGCAGGUGCCGCUCAAACUUACUCUUCCCAAGCCUGCUAUGUAUCCUUAUGACAAUAUGAACGCUUCUUCUGAGCAUAGCUCAGGAGUAGGAAAUAUCGUUGGCAUAGAGCAGCCACAGUGGCUUCAGUCGGCCUACGAUAGUAGGCCACAGGAAACUAUCGCCAUACAUCGAGGUGGAACUGUUCUGAAAUUCAAACUAGGGUCUAAAGACAUGUUGCCACCUCCAAUUCAUUCAGAUCCUCCUCACCCGCAGAGCGAGUUUGUGUUUUCCGAUGAUAUGAUGGGUAAUUCACAAGAUAUCUAUGAUUUUCAUGAUGAUAGUGAUAGAGAUGAAGACUGCUUUAAUUUUACUAUAGACGAACCACCACAAAAGAAACAAAAGAAGCCUGGUAUUAAAAUACGUUUACCUGUUAAAAAACAAAAUAGAAUUGAUGAAAUAGAAGGAUCCAAUGGAAUUGAAACUCUAAUACAGGCUUCUGCAUUAUCUGUGCCGCCUAUUGAUGGUGGCACUUCACCUUCAACGCAAGAGGCAAUUGCGGGAAUGCUCUCUAUUAGCCAAAAUUGGCCGCCGACUAAAUCACCAAAAAAAAGAUAUACCCAUAGUCCGAUCGAGGAUGAAGUGAAUAAUGUGCAUCAAGAUGAAGAUUAUGUCUAUCCGUCUCUAGACAACUCCGACGACGAGGACGUGCACAUUUUCAAGCCGCGCGGCCGCUCCAAGGUGGACGAGCCGUGGAACCCGAAGGCCCGCGUCGGGCCGCUGCUGCCGAAGAUGAACCGGCCCGCCCGCGAGGGGACGAAGAAGCAGGCGGUGGAGAAGGUGCUGGAGGCGGCGGCCGCCAGGAGGGUGCACGAGGCGCCCGAGAAGAGCGGCAAGAACCCGAAGAGGCAGUAUCGUCGUAAAAAGUUGAAACCAAAGGUGGACGUUCGGAGUCCAUCUACUAGCGCUGGUUCAGUGCCUAGCACUUCCUCGACUUCUGCAGUUAGCAGUAGCGGGGGAGGCACGCCGAAACCCAGGAAAGGUAUGAAGACUGUUAAACAACGAUUAGGAAAAAUCUUGAAAAUACAUAAAAUGAUACAUUAAUAUUGAAUGUAAACUAAUGGAUAAUAAUAAUUAUGGAAUAUUCGACAGAUACACUAGUGUUCACAAAAUAUUCCCACCAAAUAAUUUCAAUAAUCAGUUGAAAGUGAUAUCUUUGUGAUAGUAGAGAACUCAAAAUUGUAUGAUUCUCUAAUGGUUAUAUGACAUGCCGUUUCAAUAAUCCCUAUAUGUGCCAUAUUCUCGGCAUAUAAUAUUAAUUAGCUAGAGACCUAUGAAAAAUCAAGUAACCAAAACAUAAUCUGAAAGUAUUUCCAAGAUAUAUCAACUCUGAUUGCUAACACCUGCUAUAAGUGCUGUUUCUUGAAUAUGUAUUUUCCUCGAAUGUUUUCUUGAAAAAUCAGAACCUCUCUUGAUGUACAUUACUAAUGAAACACACUGUAUAUAGUUGGAAUCUAGAUAGAUAUAGUGUCUACCCUUACGUUUGUGACAUAUAGAGAAAAGAUUAGCUAUUAUAGUAUUGAAACAAAUCUUUGACUGAUUGAUUGUGCCUCUCCGAUAACCUAGAACUCAAUCUUGACAUGUCACGUGAC